GCCAAUCGCGCUCCUCCUCCACAUGAGUGCAACGAAGAUGGCGCAAGACGGCAAGGUGCCCAGCGAUCUCUACCAGCAUGUGUACUCGUUUCUCGUGGAGAAUAAGUUCGCUAAAGCUGCGAAAGAGUUUAUAAAGCAGUCUAAAGUGAAACCCCAGGACCAAAAUGAGGACAGUCUUCUGGACAUCUUCAAUUUCUGGGUGAAGUCACCAGAAACCAAAAAGCGUAAAGCGGUCACCAGUGGCCCCGUGGCUGUCAAUGGCCCGUCAGCCAAGAAAGCAAAGAAAGAUGCAGAGAGUUCAAGCAGUGAAGACUCCAGCAGUGAAGAGGAAGCUAAACCUGCCAAGAAAGCAGUGCAAGUGAAAGCUCCGGCUCCAAAGAAAGCAGCAGCUGUAGCCGCUAAAGAGAGCAGCAGUUCUGACUCCAGUGACUCUGAGGAUGAAGCUCCGGCUAAAACAGCAGCAACGAAACCUGCAGCUGUGAAACCUGCUGUUCAGACUGCGGCAGCGGCCAGAAAGAAAGACACCAGUUCCAGCAGUGAAGAGUCCGACUCUGAGGAGGAGCCCGCCAAAACUCCAGCUAAAGGAGCCAAGCCUGUGGCAGCGACCUCUAAACCGGCGUCCACUCCUGUACCUGCAGCUCAGAAGAAGCAGGACAGCAGCAGCAGUGAGGACAGCUCGAGUGAAUCUGAGGACGAGGCUCCAGCUAAGAAAGCAGUAAAAGCAGCAGUCCCGGUUAAGACCCCUCCAGCCAAACCUGCAGAGUCCAGCAGUGAGGACUCAUCCUCAGAUGAGGAAGAUGCCCCUCCUACUAAGAAAGCCAAGACUGGACAAUUCAGUGCCGUCCCGCCCCCUGCAGCACUGACAACUCGUGCUCCAGUCAAAGCCCCCGCAGCCGCAGUAAAGACUGUGACUCCCAAAGCUACUGCUAAGAAGGACUCCAGUUCUGACAGCUCUGAUUCCAGCUCAGAGGAUGAAGCAAAGAAGCCAGCGGUCAAAGCUGUGCCCGUGAAAGCAGUCCCAGUUAAGAAGCCUCCUACAAAGGUUGCUCCUGCUCAGAAAGAGGACUCUUCAAGCUCAGAUUCUUCAAGCUCAGAGGACGAAGCAGCAAAGCCAGCGGUCAAAGUCACACCUGCAAAAGCUGCAUCUGCUAAAGCCGUACCUGCUAAAGUCACUCCAGCUGCAGACGAAUCUUCUAGCUCUGAAGACUCUGACGACGAAGAGGCCAAGAAACCAGCAGCUAAAGUUGUCCCAGUUAAACCUGCGCCCACCAAGAAAACGCCAGCGAAAGUCACGCCUGCUGCAAAAGAGUCUUCUACAUCCAGCUCAGAGUCUGAAGACGACGAACCGGCCGCAAAGCCUACUCCAGCCAAGGCGACCCCUGCUAAAUCUGCAACUCCGAAGACAACUCCUGCUAAAGCUGCUCCUCAAAAGAAAACUCCUGCAAAAGCUGCAACCCCUGCUAAAGCUGCUCCUCAAACAACUGCUAAGAAAGAUGACUCCUCAAGUUCAGAUUCGGACAGUUCUGAAGAUGAGGCACCAGCUAAACCAGCAGUCACGUCCAAGCCUUUGAGCACUCAGAAGAAACCUGCCACCACACCGGUAUCCAAACCAACCAAUAAACCAGCGGAGAGCAGCUCAGAUUCAGACAGCUCUUCAGAUGAAGAGGAACCUCAAAAGAAAGCCGUCACCACACCUGUAUCCAAACCUAAACCUGUGGUUACCUCAGCCAAAUCUACCCCUGCCGCUAAACCCGCUGAAAGCAGUUCAGAUUCAGACAGCUCGUCCGAUGAGGAACCACAGAAGAAAGCCGCCACCACACCGGUAUCCAAACCGGCUACCCCAGCGAAACCUGCAGCUAAACCAGCCGACAGCAGUUCUGACUCUGAGACUGACAGCUCCGAUUCAGAUGCCGAGACUCCAGCUGCCAAGACCCCGAAACCGACUGCUAAGAGCCCUGCGUCUGCUGCUAAACCACCGGCUCCAGCCAGUAAGACCACAGCCCAGUCCAGCAGCAGUGAAGACGACAGUUCCAGUGAAGACGAGAAGAAAGUAAAGGCUACUGUGACGCCCAAAGCAGCAGCAGCUAAACCAGUCGUGAAGAAGGCCGAGAGCAGCAGCUCGGAUUCAUCAGACAGCUCAGACUCUGAGACGGAAGUGAAGAAGACUCCCGCAAAGCCUGCAGUCGCCAAUGGGAAGGCUGCGAAACAAACCCCCACCUCUGCAGCGAAGACACCGGCCAAAAAGACAGCCGAGUCUUCAUCCUCUGAUGACAGCAGCUCUGAUGAAGAGGAGCCGUCUAAAACACCGGCUGUCAAAACUCCACCCGCUAAUAAGGCGCAGCCUGCUAAAGCCAAAGCCAGCAGCUCUUCUGAGGACUCGUCUGAGGAAGAGGACACCAAGACUCCGGUCACUUCUGCAACAAACGGCACACAGAGCAAGACAACACCCAAAAAUAAAAAAGUCACCACAUCCACACCUCAGACCUUCCCCAGAACCAAACAGAAGGAAACCAAUGCUCCUUUCCGUAGAGUAAGAGACGAGGAAAUUGAAGUGGACCCCCGACUGGCAGACAAUUCAUUUGACGCAAAGAUGGGCGCCAACGGAGACUGGGGGCAGAAAGCCAACAAUGUGCUUAAAUUUACCAAGGGCAAAUCUUUCCGGCACGAAAAGACUAAGAAGAAGCGUGGCAGUUACAUUGGCGGUGCCAUCUCCACCUCAGUGAACUCAAUAAAAUUCGACAGCGAAUGAAUGAGCGCACAAUGUAAACGAACUUGGAUUCCAUUUGAAUGAGCUUUCCCGCCUGUAUCUCCCAUUCUUUGCUGUAUCGGCUCUAGCAAGCACUGUUCUUACCCAUCUACCCUCCCGUCGCUGUUCUGCCAUCACUACUGAGGUGAAGAAGGCAGGAAUAGAGGCGGCUGGAAGAGUGUGCGGUUUCAUGAUCCUCUACACUCAAUCCGUCAUGCGGUUAGACGUGGUGACCACGUGGUGGCAUCGUUUCAUAAGUUUUGCAAUAGAAAGUCUUUUGAUUAGCUUAUGUCAAAUCAUUUUGGCUUUACUGUAAAUGUUUCUUGAAGUUGGUUGACAAAUUAUGAAUGGUUGUUCUAACAGGUAAUUGUUAAUAUGCUAGAAAUAAUGGAGAGAUUUGCUUUUUUUUAAUUACGAGUCUUAAAGAAAUGUCAUUGUUAUGCUUACCUUAUGAGCCUUUCCAUGUAUUUUGAACCUCGCGAUCGUCUCAUUUGAAGAAGCCGUGUAAUGACUCCGCCCACUUCUGUUCAACGGACCACUGGAAGACCGCCAUCAGUCAUCCUCAUUCGAUUUUAGUUUUGAUAUUUUAUGGUUUCACUUCUGUUAUGCAGUAUUUUGUAAUUUGAUCUCCCUAAUAAAUCAGUCUUGUAACUGUAAUAAAUGUUUUGUCUGAACCCAACUGUAUUUUUUAAAUCAAAUGUUUAGUUCUGAGCUCAUGUUUUGUUUGCUGAUGAACAGAUUUAAAUCCAUGAUAAUGAAAUCAA